AGCUACGGAUGUAUUUGUUUCCGUUCCGCCUCUACUACUGCUGUGCGACAAGCGUGUAGGCCGCGUCAAUUGUGCACUUGAAGGACUUCCAGUCUCACAGCUUCAUCCGACUCAGUUCCCAAGUGUACGUAUAUUAAGAUUAUGCUCUGAAGCUUCUUUCUGUCAUGGUCGUGAGCCCCUUCUCGCCUGGCGUCGUCGUUCUUCUCCAACGAGCUCGCACACACGCAGACACAUUCUUGCGGUCUUUUGGAAUACAUUGUGCAACGCACCAGAUACGCUUAAUUCUCAUUUCCGCCGUCGUUAUCACGUCCCUGUCCUAUCCAGCACUCGCCACUUACUGGUCGGCUCCUUCUUAUGCCCGUCUUGUAUCAACAUCGAACGUGCUCGACUCGUUUCUGGAGGAACAUGUGGCCUCCGGUAGUCGUGCACAGCGCGACCUCCAGCACUUCUGGCAGGGCCACCAUAACCUCCAACUCCGCGAGGACGCAGUUGCGCGGGCACGCUGCGGGUUCGACCGUACUCUUCGUGUAGAACGAAUCCUCGUCCGCAGCAACACAGCUGAAGAGGCCGGCGCACUGACCUCUCAGACGCUAUCCUCCACCCUAGAGUUCGAGCGCCGCAUAUUGGAACGCGUCAAUGCUCAAGGAAACCCGUGUCUUAGAGCUAACCCGACAGACUGUUUCGUACUCAGUCCCCUGGCAUUCUGGGACCACGACGAAGAACGCCUUCACGCCGACUUUAACAUUUCUAACACCCUCAAGCACUACAAUGAUGUCACGAUUGCAGGAAUCCCUCUCACACCCGAAAUGGUCCUUGCAGGACGCAAUUACGAUUGGACCGGAAACAUCAAUGCCGCACUUUUCCUUGUCUUGACAUUUGUGUUUCCCGAAUCCGACUGCUCAACCAAUGCUGGUCACAGCACCUGGCUCCAAAUCUUGGCUAACUCUACCCACGAACGCGUAGAUGUUUUCGCUGAAGCUGUUGAACCGAGGCUAAUAGCUCUCGAGUAUGACCACAGUCUCGCACGGAGCAAGAGUCUUUAUUCGAUAUCCUCAUUCCUUUACCUCGCCUAUGGAAUAUUCUUUGUCUACGUCAGCUGGUCAAUGAAACGUAUGAAAGGCGUGCAUACGAGGAUCGGGCUAACGUUCACCGCCCUGUUUGAAAUUGCUGCCAGUACAAUCACGAGUCUCAGUGUAUGUGCUCUGAUGCGCUUCAAGGUUAAUAUGGUACCAUGGAGUCUGCUGCCUGUCGUCAUUAUCUUUGUCGGAGCGGAAAACAUGUUUAAUCUCGUGGAUGCAGUGACUAAGACUUCUGUAACACUGUCCGUCAAGGAACGAGUCGCAGAGGGAUUGAGCCGAGCUGGUACCUCCAACACAUUGAAAGUUGUCUCCUACAACGCCGUUCUCGGUGUCAUUGCAUAUUUCUCCGCGGGUGCAAUACGCCAAUUUUGUACUUUCGCGGUCGUGGUGCUAGUGGCCCAUUGGUUUCUUGCACAUACCUUCUUCCUGGCAGUCUUAUCGAUCGAUAUUCAGAGACUGGAGCUGGAUGAACUGCUACGUCAAAACCCCAGCUUGACUCCUGCUGUUGCUAGCUCUCAACGUGAUUCUGCCCCUCCAACCUCUACACCAUGGUGGCAACGAAUCACUUAUCUUACGAAAGAGCUCCUCAAGAGUCGUGCUACUAAAAAUAUUAGCUUAUUGCUCCUUUUGGCAAUAACAGCCACUCUCUAUUUCAUGACGAGACCAAGUAUUCGUGAUCAGCCUGACAUCGGGAUCGUGUUUCCUCCUGCCUUUCCUCGUUUCUCGGUACAGCCCGACCGUCACAAGAUCGAGGAUCCUGCAUGGCAAAUAUGGAAAGUACUCAAUCCAGAAGAAGAUCCUCUAGUUCACCUGCGGAUAGAAGUUCCUACCAUUGUUGCAUUCAGGCCCGACGUCGACGUCGGUCAAGUUCCCCGAUAUCACCUUGGCCCGUCCUCACCGUGGCUGGGCUUCAUUGUUUGGCUUUUGAAGAUUCUAGUCCUUCCCAUGGUGGCCACUCUCAUCCCCCUAUACGGACUCCUGCUCUACCUACUCAAGGACGCUGAGUUAUUGGAAGCUCAGCGCAAUCGUGCUGGUGAGGAUGCUACGGUAGCUUGCGCCGCAAGCACCUUAUUCGAUCACGUUUCCUUUUCGACCCUGCCUCGCAGUUUUGCUACCGAUAUAGAGUUACUGGUGACAAGUGGAAACGGUCGUGUUCACGCUGCUGUUGGCCUGCAGAACGAGCUUAGCAUCUGGAGACCCGACGAAAAAGAGCCAAUUUGCAUCGAUACUGAUUCCAUCCUCAUGCGGUUACCUACUACUCCAUCGGCUCAACCGUCCAUCUCUGCUCUUGCCAUAGAUGGUGAAGGAGAUUUGCUUGCUUUCGGGACGUCGACUGGGGUAAUCUAUGUGGGCCCCUUCAAUGGAACAGAGACGAAGUUCCAUCAACCAUUGGUUCUAAUCGACAAUCACUCGGAAGUCAUGGAGCUUCAUUUCGUCUCCCAGAGUUCAGUGCCCCUGCAAAAAUUGACACCAAACUCCCGACCAACUACCCCCGCGUCGUCGGGAGCUCUAAUUGCGUUGUAUGAGUCAGGGGCCGUUGCAUCGUGGAAACUUGAUUCUCUUCCUGCUCAUUCUUUCGUUAAACCGAAAAAUUCUUCAAGUCCCAUCAUACGAAGCCAUUUCCUGCGCAUACGUUCGAGCGACCGCUUUUUAACGGCGUUUUCUUUUGAAGACGGAUCCCUAGAAGUCAUUGAAGUCGGCGUUGUUAAAGAGACGGCGCCUGUUUCUAGUUGUCUGCGUGCUGGGAAUCCCUUCGACAGAGUAGUGAAGGUCGACGCUUGCUGUAUUCAGAGUAACGACACGGAACACAUCAUCAUGUGCAUAGCAUCAGAGGCAGGAGUCGUAUCUCUGUGGGAUGCACAUUCUGCCGAAUGCCUGCUUAUCAUGGGCGAACCACGCGGUAAUGUUGACAAAUUGCGCGUUUCUGCCAUCCGUUCGGAGACUUGUCACUUUUGCGGUGAACUUCCUCUCGAUAGUUUCCUCGUCGCUCUUUCGGUUGGCCAUACCGUCGUCGCUUAUAGAGUAUACAUGACUUCCCAAACGAGGCGUUGUUCAUGUCCAAGCAACGUUCCUAGACAGGGGUCCGUUCUGUCCCCAGGAAUGGGUCUGCGCUCGCGAAGCAGUAGUAUGGUUUCGGUGACCGGGUCUCCCACCUCGGCAAGGAGGCUUUCUACUGUUAGCAAUUCCUCAACAUCUGAUACAAGCUUUCCUGUUUCCGGGCAUGGGGUGCUCUCUCGCAGAGCUUCGGAAAAGGAAUCCCUCCGCCGUCCUCUCGAAAUCUUGUCUUUACCCUCAUCCAUUGACGAGCAAGAUGGGCAUCCCCACCCUGUUGGUCCUGCAGAUUCGACAUUACUUCUCCCUGUCACGCCGUCUCGAGCGACGUUUAUCCGAGUUGGAGAAGCAUCUUGUGAGCGAGGUGGGUGGGAUAUCGUCGAUGGAAAAGUGGUAGGGAUAAGGCGAAUAUCUCGCCCUCAGGGCAAGUCAACAGUGGGUCUUUCCGGUGGCCCUUCUGCCACUCAAUUGUGGGGCUUGACAGAAGGUGUCCUUGACCGGUGGGAGUGUUGGUCGUACGAACCUAGAGGCAGUUCAUUGCAGGCAUCCAUGCUGAGUCGUCUGUGCGGCGGCCCUCGCCAUUUUUCCUUGAUUGCAAAGCAGUCACACAACACACUGGGAGCCAGGGUUGACUAUCCACGGCUACCGUUCACCCGGGUCACGGGGUUCCAGAUAGUUGGAUCCACUGGAAUGGCAGGUUUUGGGAAUACGGUCGGGAUCUUUCAUUUUUCUUAGUUUACAUAUUUUACGGACUCCUUGUAUCUGUUGCUGUCAUCGCAUUUUUAUGUUUUGUAUUUUGCGACUAGUCGCGCGUAAAAUCUUGAUGCAAUCGUUAUCAUAAUUCAAAACGCACAUAUCAACAAAGUCUCUCAUCGAACCAUUGCUAAUAUUCUCUGGUAAUCAUCGCGGACACUUUGGAAAGUUUCCUCGAGUUUCUCUAGCCGUUCUUCCUUCUCCAG